AAUAUUAAGAAACGAAGAGUGUGACUGGUUGUGGUGUGUCUUACGUGACUCAUCAUUGGUCCGCCUCUGGGGAUAACCGUCCCAGUUGCCUGAGAAACACUAAUGUCAUUAUUUAAUAACUCACAGGUGAUUGGUCCGCCCCUAAAGUUAAGCUUAAAAACCCAGGUUACCGAUGGAAAUUCGUACCGCAUUACAGUGGCGAUGAAGCUGAAGAACGGAAUUCAGCAGCCGGGCUUCCUGCUGGCGCUUCGCUUCCUGGCCCUGGUUUUCUGGAGCUUCCCUGGGGCCAGGGCCCUGGACAAUGGCUUGGCGAUGACCCCUACCAUGGGCUGGCUGCACUGGGAACGCUUCAUGUGCAAUGUUGAUUGCCAAGAAGAACCAGAUUCUUGUAUCAGCGAGAAGCUCUUCAUGCAGAUGGCAGAACUCAUGGACUCAGAUGGGUGGAAGGAUGUAGGUUAUGAGUACCUCUGUAUUGAUGACUGUUGGAUGGCUCCCAAAAGAGAUUCAAAAGGCAGACUUCAGGCAGACCCUAAACGCUUUCCUGGUGGGAUCCAAGGCCUUGCUAAUUAUGUCCAUAGCAAAGGACUGAAGCUAGGAAUUUAUGCAGAUGUUGGAAAUAAAACCUGUGCAGGCUUUCCUGGGAGUUUUGGAUACUAUGACAUUGAUGCCAAGACCUUUGCUGACUGGGGAGUAGAUCUGCUAAAAUUUGAUGGUUGUCACUGUGACAGCAUGGAACAUUUGGAAAAUGGUUAUAAGCACAUGUCCUUGGCCCUGAACAGGACUGGCAGAAGCAUUGUGUAUUCCUGUGAGUGGCCCCUUUAUAUGUGGCCUUUUCGUAAGCCCAAUUACACAGAAAUCCGACAGUACUGCAAUCACUGGAGAAAUUUUGAUGAUGUUUAUGAUUCUUGGCAAAGUAUAAAGAAUAUCUUAGACUGGACAUCUUCUAACCAGAAGAGAAUUGUUGAUGUCGCAGGACCAGGGGGUUGGAAUGACCCAGAUAUGUUAGUGAUCGGUAACUUUGGCCUUAGCUGGGAUCAGCAGGUAACUCAGAUGGCCCUGUGGGCUAUCAUGGCAGCUCCAUUACUCAUGUCCAAUGACCUCCGACACAUCAGCCCUCAGGCCAAAGCCCUCCUUCAGGAUAAGGAUGUAAUUGCCAUCAAUCAAGACCCCUUAGGCAAGCAGGGGUACCGGCUUAGAAAGGAAGACAACAUUGAGGUGUGGGAACGCCCACUAUCAGAUUUAGCUUGGGCUGUGGCAAUGGUAAACCUGCAGGAGAUCGGUGGACCUCGUUUUUAUACCAUUUCUAUUGCUUCCCUGGGACAAGGGAUGGCCUGUAUUCCUGACUGCAUAAUCACACAGCUCCUGCCUGUGAAGAGAAAACUUGGGUUUUAUCAGUGGACUUCAGAUUUAAAAAUUCAGAUAAAUCCCACGGGCACGGUUUUACUUCGGCUGGCAGCAAAUUAGACCACAUUAUAAAGCUUUCUUUUAAAUGUGUAUCUUGUUGCCAAAGUGACUACCCCAUUGGUGUCUCCUUUUUCUUCCAUUCCCACUUCAGCCAUCAUUUCCUUCAAUAAAAUUUUCCACAGUGGAGUUUUUUAAGAACUUCCAAAUGUAUCUUUAGAGAACAUUUUGUGAAAAAGCUUUUGAACAAAUGUUAACAGAUGAGAAAUAAUAGCUGUAAUUUAUUGGGCACACUAUAUUUGCCAGGCACUCUUCUAGGUAAAGUAUAUGGAUUCAUUUUAAUCCUCACCAACAACCCUGAGGCAGGUACUUAUCCACUAUAAACUUCAGCCAGGAUUUCGGCCCAGACUUUUAACUCUUGCACUACUACCUACUGAGUUGCUUGGAAUAAUCUUGUCAAGAAACACCCCACCACUUAGGUUUCCAAAUCCCAAGGUGGUUUGCAGUCUAGAUCCAACAAAUACAUAUGACUUACUUUCACCAGCAAUAGUUGAUACAUUGUGACCUAAAGUACCAGGCGUUUGGCCAGAACACCCUCCCCCCUUUAAGUCCCCUCCUCUAAAGAAUGUGAUGAGGCAAUGACCUUCAGACUAGGGUAUGUAGGAGUGAAUCAUUUGAAAGGAAUAUCCAGACAUUACAAUUCCCUCCCUUUCCUACAAUUCAUUUGCCUGAGGACCAAUCCUUAAAGCUUCCAGCCAGCCUCACCACCUCCCCUUUUACAAUCCCCUUUCUCCAACAUGACCAAAGGCAUGCACAGCUCACCCAUCCUAAUGCACCAGCACAAAACUAGCAGGGCACAAAAGGCCC